AUGAAUAAAGUUUAUAAAAAUAUAAUUAAAAGUGUGGAAAAAAGUGAUCAAGAACCAGAACAAUCUAUUGAAAUACAAUUGUCAGAAUCAAUACUUCUUCCUAUGAUACCGCUACCUACAACAACAUCUUCAAAAUCAUUACCAUUGCAACUACCAUCAGUUGUAUCUGCAUCAUAUGCAGAAUCAAAGCGUAUAACACAUGUACUCACAACCAUCAUCUAA